GCCUUAUAAAUCAUCGAAACAUUAUAAUAUAUGAAAUGUCAACCUCAACAACUUUAAAUAUUAUAUUUAUAUCAUCAAAUAAAAAUAAAGUUAGGGAAGUUAAGUCAAUACUUGCAGAUAACUUGCCAAUUCAAAUAAUUCCUUAUGAAGUAGAUUUAUUGGAAUUUCAAAGUGAAGACCCUGAUGAUAUUACACGAGCUAAAUGUAUUGAAGCUUUAAGAAUCAUAAGCUCAGAUACCAAUUGGAUUGCAACUAAUUUAAAUCCUAAAACAAGUCAUUUAUAUUCUAGCUCACUUAAUCAAUGCCAAAAUACACAGGUCACUUCUACAAACCCUUCAACAACACUAAUCAUGAUAGAAGAUACAGCUCUUAAUUUUGAUGCAUGGGGAGGGUCAUUACCUGGUCCUUACAUAAAAUGGUUUAUAAAAUCAAUUGGUCCUCAUGGCUUGUUUAACACAUUACAAGCCUUUCCUGAUAAAUCUGCAACUGCAGUUUGCACUUUUGCCAUUUAUACUAAAUUUAUGCCAGAAACUACAAUCAAACUUUCUACUAUUAUCCAAUGCAUGACAAGGGGUGUAAUAGUGGAACCAAGGGGUGAUAAUGGGUUUGGUUGGGAUCCGUGUUUUGAACCUGAUAGUGGCCCUAACAUGAAUAUACCCCUCAACGAUGCUAGGAGACUAACCUUUGCUCAAAUGCCAUCUUCUCAAAAAAAUUCGAUAUCUCAUAGAAGUAAGGCACUCCUCAAUCUACGUAACUAUCUAAUCAAGAAAUAUUUUAGCAAAUAAUGUUUUUUUUGGAUUAAUUAAAAUUAUGUAUUUUUCUUUCUUUCUAUAAUUUUAAACUUAUAUACUAGCAUAUUUUAUAUUUUUUAAAAAGAAGUUAUUUUAUUAAGUAAAUUAAAUGAUGUUAUUCAUAAAUGAUUUUAUAGAAUCACUAUAUUUAUUAAAUAAUUCCAAAAUUAACCAAAUUUCUAUAUUGUAAUUGUAUAAAUAAUAGUUUAUAGUAAAAUAUUACAGAAUAAGUAUGGGAGUGGCAAAAGUAUGCUGCACCACUUUAGAGCACUGUUGAGUUAGCGAGACACUGAUUAAAGUUUUUUAUAUUAUAUAUUAUUUUUAUUUUCUUAUAUUGGCACCAAGUUUAUAAAUCAUUUUUUUUGUAAUAUAUUAUAUAAAAUGAAAGAAAGCCCAAUAUAUAAAUAUAAUCACGAUUUUCAUUUCAUUUUUAAUUAUAUAAUAAAAAAUAAAUAAAAAUUUAUAUUAUAUAUUUUAAUUGUAUCUUUACUUUUACAUUAUUCCAGAUUUUCAUAAAUUAUAUACU